AAACCGCACACGGCUCUUGUCGUCGUGGAGCCCCACCUCAUAAACGACAACUGCGUAGUUUCCUAUAUUAUUAAUUAAUUCCAGCUUAUUUGGCUAAGACCUAGUACACAUGUUAUCCUCUCAUUCGUCACAUCUAAGAUUUCCUUGCUAGCUAUUAAGAUAAAACUGUGUCUCAAUAAUAGUAAAGCAAACAAACAAAACAGUCCACACAAAGCUAGAAUCAAUCUCCAUUAUUGCAAGCCAAAUUUUAGUAAGAGAACUAAGCAAAAAUCAACACAAUAAUGGUGGUGGAAAGCUGGAGUACGACGGCGAAAGGCUGCGAUGCCUGCAAAGCGGCACCGUCUACGGUGUUCUGCAAGGCAGACAUGGCUUUCCUGUGUCUAACUUGUGACUCGAAGAUCCACGCAGCUAACAAGCUAGCGUCACGCCAUGCGCGUGUCCUAGUAUGUGAGGUGUGCGAGCACGCCCCGGCUAGCGUCACUUGCAAAGCUGACGCUGCCGCGCUGUGUAUCACAUGUGACCAGGACAUACACUCUGCCAAUCCACUAGCUAGGCGUCACGAGCGUGUGCCCGUGGUGCCUUUCUAUGACUCUUCCUCUGCCAGAUCUCAAACUGCAGAUGAUGAGAAUGAUCCUCCUCGUCUGCAGUUUGAGGAGGAAGAGGCGGAGGCAGAGUCGUGGUUGCUACAAGCACCAAAUAAUAAUCAAGAAGCUGAUGAAUACAAGUCAUCUGCUGCUGCGGAGUAUUUGUUUGGCGACGUGGAUUCGUAUGUGAAGGUGGAUAUGGUAUCAGAUCAGAAACCAUCUAAUAAGGCUAAUACUGAUAUUCAACUUCAUCAAGAUUGUGUUGUGCCUCAUGUAGAGAACAAGAAUACUGAGAUCCAAUUACAUGGUCCAGUUGUUGAUGGAUAUCCAAGCUAUGAAAUGGAUUUUUCUGCUGGAUGUAAACCUUUUAUGUACAACUUCAGUACUCAAUCCAUCAGCCAAAGUGUCUCUUCAUCAUCUAUGGAAGUUGGAGUUGUGCCUGACCAUAAUACCAUGACAGAUGUAUCAACCACAUUCGUAAGGAACUCUGUCAUCGAUGGUCUACCUAACCCGAUUUCGAGCUCAGACAGGGAAGCAAGAGUAUUGAGGUACAGAGAAAAGAGAAAAAAUCGAAGGUUUGAGAAGACUAUACGAUAUGCAUCUAGAAAGGCUUAUGCUGAGACUCGACCCAGAAUCAAAGGGAGAUUCGCUAAACGUACGGAGAGCGAUGUCGUAGACUCGCUCGUCGGGGCUGCCGACACUUCAUAUGGCGUCGUUCCUUCGUUUUGAUAAUUUGGAAAGUAUAUUUCAUGUUGCUAAUGAAGGAGUAGCUAGCUAGUAAAAUUAUGUGUACAUAUUGUUUUACUUUUUUUUGGAAGUCACAUGCUUAAUUCGUGAAAAUAACUUCUUGGGUAAGACGGUGUACAAUUAACCUUUAUUGUCCAGCCUUCCCAAACCCUGUGCAACACGAAAACUUUAGUAUAUUAGACUGUCUAUUUAUUUUUUUUUGGGUAGAAUUUUCCUUUCUUUCUUCGUUUAUUUUUGUAAUGUAAUGAGCUUUUCUUUUCUUUUCUUUUUGUAAAGAAAAUUAGCUCCAUGGAAACUGAUUAUGCUAUUAAAAGGCUCUCAUGUUGCUUCAA